UGAGUGACGACGGCGGCGUGCGGGAUGUUGACGCAAGAAUGUCAUCAGUCUUAAUGCCUCCAUCGAAAGAGGCUGUUGUAGUAGCUUCUUCUUCUAGUUCUGACAAAGCAAGAACAAGAAGUGAGAAGUCUAGGACGAUGACCAGAAGGAUCACUGAUCCGACUUUGCUGACACUAGUGGCUCAAUCGAUGCAGCUAUUGCUGCUUCACGAAGCAGCACCUCUGCCCGUUGAGACCUACCACCGAGACCCGUUUGAGCCAACGUGGGCAGAGACUAGAUUCCAAGCGCAACACAUAGCGGAAGCUGAUUUUGACUAUAUGCAGUACGGCUCGCGAGAUCCACUCCCGGCGAAGGCUUUUCGACUCGAUUCUAGAGCGUUGUCAAUUCUUAUGAGCCACUGGCAAAAAGUGACGCUAGAGUUUAUCACCAGGACGAGGCCAUUCAUGGAGACGCGUCAAAAGGGAAGACGGGAUAAGGAUCAGGCGGAAAACCAGAAACUAGUGGACGAAAGCUAUCGGGAAAACAAGAAUGCAGAAGCCUUGCAAGAUGACAAUAUCAAUAUGUCAGACUCAGAGAUCGUGAACAACGUUGAAGAACAAGACUUCUCUUUUCAAGGGGAUGCUUCCGUUGAAAAGACGGAGAAUGGAGAACCUGGCGAAGCUAAGUCUGGAAGACAAGAGCCUCUUGUUUCUGCCGAAAAUGAGACCGCUUUUGCCUACGAGAUCUUGGCUUACCACUGUGGAAUACUGAAACGUAAAUUUGAGGACAUCAAAUACGUGAGUAACCUCUUUACAAAGGGCCACAACCUCCGGUACUUUCCUGUUGUUCCAAAGCUAGGGCCACGCGCAGCUGCUCGUCGAGAAGAAGCACUGGAGAAACGAGAAAACACGGCUAAGUUAAGUCCUGUCGAUAUCAAUGAGGAUUCGUCGAUUCCAGGAGAUCGCGCUCUUGUGCCUUUCAACUUUACGAACUUGGCGCACAAGCUUUCCGGAGACUUGACAUGGGCAAAACGCGUUUACCGCAAAGAGCUACAACAAGUCAAACAAAUACUGGAUGCUUUCCCAGAUCCAGACGAGGCUACGAAGACAGACGAUGAGACUUCCUUUCACCGGUCCCGCACGGCUCGAGUCGAACGUCUCAAAAAAGAGUAUCCCCACCUUCUUUCCGCCUAUCCGCAUCAUGAGCGAACAAUUCCGCGUUUUCGGAUUUUAGAAAGUAGCGAUGAAGAUGAUAGCAUUAGCAGAGUUUCGAUUGUCGAAGCCGAUAUCAAUAGCGCUAUGGGUCAGAUCAAUCUCGUCAGGGAAAAAGAGGGUCGGAAACAUGAUGAUGAAGCACCAGGCUUGCAGAACGACACAGAAUCUGCAGAGUUUUUCGCUUUCAAUGAUGCUGAGGCAGAUACAGGUCUUCAAAGUCGAGGAAAAAUGUUUACGUCGCAGUACGCAGUGAUCAAGAUGAAUGGAGAUAACUACGACCCUGCGGAGUUUUCGGAGCAAGAUCGCGACACCGGGGAAUGGGUGGCGUCGCAUGCGCUUUUUGUGCAUCAUCCUGAAAUCUUUCAGACUAGCAUGAAGCUUCGUCUUAAGAACAGCGCUGAUCUGUUUCAAUCACAUAUGGUACGAGGCAGUGGCUUUGUGGAGCGUAUCAUUCGACCUGUGGUGCGCGUUUUUCGGGCUGUACUCGACGAAAUGUUUUGGGCCGAUGAUUUUCCGAGCUUGCACCGGCUUAGCGACGCUGAAGCAGGGAGGAUAGCUGGAACUUCUCGGAAAGCUGCUAGAGGGGAGAAUAAUGCCUCAGCUUCAGGUGCGGAAGAUAGGCAAAAGUAUGAUUCGCAGACCUGCUUACCAGUUUUUGAAGAAGGUGAUGCAGUUUCAGGUAUCCUCGGCUAUCGCGAAAAUUCAAUGAAGGUGUUGAUUCCAGACGUGUUCUCUGCCUUCGACCGUUUCAUGCACGGCUUUGAUGGGUAUUAUCGUCUUUACGCGUCUACGAUCGCCGCCGAGAAUGUGGAGCAUACCCUUCAAAACAACUACGACAUGGAGAUUGAGGUGCACCACGCGAAGAUCGGCUACACAGUCACUUGCACACGCGACGUCUACAAGAGUAUGGUUCGUGCAGCGCAGUCAGUCCAGUAUCUGCACGAGUCGAUCGCGUCUGUCAGGAGCUUGAUUUCUGGAGGGCGGACAGACGAGAGUUUACGCUUCGUCAAGCAGAAACAAGUCACUCGAUGGGAAGAUGCAGGCGAAAACCAUGCACACUGCUUCCGCGAUGAACUCUUCGCACGAGAAAUCGAUGUCUAUCUCAAUAAGAACCAUUCGCAUUCGAAAAUGGCGCGGAGGCUGCUGGGACUGCCCAGAGUGGACUACGAAUUCGUGCACGACUUUCCGGGACUAGUGGAGAUGGGAGAACAAGAAAGCGCUGCUUUUGAAGACGAAGAAAGAUCUACUAGUUUCUCGUCGACUCCCCUUUGGAUAAGGGGCGAAGCCAAGUCUCCAGAGAGUUUUGCAGCGAAUAGCAGAUUUCACGUGCUGCAUUACAUUGUUUUGCACAUCAGAAGGGUCGAAGAGAGGAAGAAGCGUGGUCGUGGUGUUACAACAGCACAGGAUGCAGCUGAUGAUGAUGCUCCUCCUCCUUUCUUCUUCGCGGAAAUCGGUACCCGACAUGGAGACACGCCAAGGUACCUCAUGGGAGUUUUCCCUUGGAUUUACAGCUUAAUAGUCGACAUUUUUUGGAUUGAUUCUACUGGCGCAGAGAUUUUUCAGCGUUAUCCUGGACGUGCGAGCUUCAUUAAGGGGGACAGUGCGAAGGUCUCGGAAACUCGCAUCAGAAAGCAGUUCUUUAACAAAGUCGAAGCACUUUUUGCUGGACGAAGUGGAGCGACCCAGGAGUUGGCUUCUGAUGUGCCAGCACCUACAUCAACACCAAGUGUUGGGAACCAUCUCCAAGGACAGCAACCGAAAAGAAGGCCAGCUUCCUCACGCGCUAAAUCAAAAAAGUCUGGACACUAUCAUGACCACGGAACUGCUGCAGCAGAUGUUACGGCUGCCGGAGGAGUUGCACUAUCCGCUUCUUCUACUUCGCUUCCUGGUAGUUCUUGUUCUAUUUUCCUAGAGAAGAAGUUCCAUCUCAUUUUCCUCGAUGGAGAUCACAGCUAUGAGGGCGUUAAGCGGGAUGUCCUCGCGUGGUGGCCUCGUGUCAGGUCGGGGGGCGUUCUCGCCGGGCAUGACUUCGACAUGCAGUGGUUUGGCGUCGUGGUAGCAGUUUUGGAUUUCGUGGUGAAGGAAAAUCUCAAGCUGUGGCUAGGGCCUGAUGCUGUUUGGUGGGUGUAUAAGGACUAGGUUGUGAAACAACACAGAUUACUAUUCUCUCAGAUCCACUACAUUCACAAAGUAGAAUAUGAAAUAUAGAAAAGUACUAGUCCUAAUUUUUUGUAAAAUACGUAGACGCCGCAUCGAUUGCGUGUGCCCCUAUCGGGGAACUGCGUGGCUCUUUAGCGGGGUCGGUCGAUGGCCACUCUGGGGAAGACGGCCAAGCGUUCACCCUGUCCACGCCUUUCCCCCAGCAAGAGCAGGAGCCGCCUGCCCGUCUGCCUUUUCAGUGCAGCACCAGCGUCAGAAAUGGCGCGGGAGAGCAGGGGCCAGCCGACCGCUGUGGGCCCUAGGCUUCCCCUGGGAGAUCGCUGGCCCACUCCCUAGCUGCAUUAAAAGGCGGCGGAACCUUAGGCAUUACUUUGAAAUGUUCUAGCAUUUCUCAAGGGGGGGAAAAGUGUUCUAAUGGGUUUGAAAAUGACGCGAAAAGGUGCCACUUUCAAGCGCGUUAGAACUUUUCUCUUCGACGCCUCAAAGCUCCCGACUCUAAUGCGCGCGAGCCUAAAAAAAAGGACACUUUUUUCUAGCAGGACUAGAAAAAAAUGCUCUAACAAUUUAGGCUCACCACAAGCAGCACUAGAAUCGGGACAUUUUUGAUCGAAAAAAAAAGUGUUCUAAUGGGUUGCGUUUGCGAAAGGUGUCACGAAGUGGCGCCUUUUGCAACCCGCCAGACGACGUCGGGACCCCAGUCCAGACAGCGCCAAGGCGAGCCUUGGCCUCGCCAGGGCGUUGCGUCGUCAUGAGUAGAGCCUUGCGCGCAAGGCGUAACUAACGAGGCCACGCCGUCGCCGCUUAUCUGCAUCGCAGCGAAUCCCCACACGAGCAGGGUGGCCAGCUUGACACCGCCAGCGUAUUCCAGGAAGCUAGCGCCACAGUGCCACCAGGUGGCACAGAAAGGCAGGAGCGCGGGCACCGAUAUCAGGCGCCAAAAACGCGCGAGGCAUUCCAAAGAGCUGCGGCCCCUUGAGCGGCGCCAUCAGCUUGCCUCAACCCAGGGCACUCGCCUAGUUGUGGCAUCUAUCGAAUUUACAAACUUCUAGAACUAGUGCUUUUUCUUGUGUCAUAUAGAAGCACAAGUCGUAUCCAACGAUCGGGAGUCCGCCUAUAUUCACACGAUUACACUCUCCAAACAACAAGAACAAGUACAAAUUCCAGUUCACGAACGUUCGCACAGUGAUUGAUGUACAACCUCAACUGUCAUUACGAGAGAACCUCAAUUUAGACUUAUCUUUCUGUCAUUUGUUUUUAAUAUUGUAAACAACGAACCUCACGAACAGCAUUCGAAUUAUCCCCUUGGAAGUUUACAAUAGACUUCUAAAGUUGGUGGAGGUCAAGGC